AUGGGUUCAAAUACAUCACAACCAUCAGCGGAAUUAAGUCUAGAAGAUAUUGAAUUUAUUUCAACUAAGGCUAAAAUUGAUCAUGAAAGUGUGAAAAUUUGGUAUGAAAAACUUAAGGUUAGUUUUAUGCAUUUAGGAGAGUUUUUCUUGAUCUAUGUUUCAUCUCAGGCUGCUUGUCCAAAUGGAAAAAUUUCUAAAGCAGAUACAGUAAAUUUCUUACGAAGUAUAAAUAGUGGCAAAGAAGAACAAAUCCAAAAACUAGCAACAGAUAUUCAUAAAGCAUUUGACACGAACAAUGAUGGAAUUGUUGAUCAACGGGAAUUUUUAAUUGGUUUUGCUUUAACAUCUACGGGUAGUGCUCGUGAAAAGCUCAAGUAUGUUUUUCGAACAUAUGAUCAUGAUAAAGAUGGUGUUAUUAAUAAAAAAGAAAUCGAUCGAAUGGUUAAAAUUAUAAUGAGACUUCAUGCAAAAGAUGAUCCAGAAAAUACUACACGUAUUAUUGACGAAUUAAAAAUAUCACUUGAACAUCUUAAUGAAGGCAACGAUAUUGAUGAUAUAAAAAUAACAUCAAAAGAAUUUAUUCAUUUAUUAAUAAAUAAUAAAGAAUUAUGUGAAUUAUUAUCACCAUUCAAUAUAGAACCACCAAAAGAAAUUAUUGUUCAACAAUUAUAUUCUCAAUCGAAAUAA